AUGGAUACUAUUAAAUUUGAAAAUGAGGAAAUAAUUGAGGUGGCGAAUAGCGAAGCUGACACUGAAUCACCGUCUUUCAGUGAAGAAUCGGAAUCUUGUUACCAACAUUUAAGACAAACCGGUUUACAAAUUUGUACUGAAGAUUAUCCUGGGCAAUUUAAUUUUGAUUUUUCAUUAGAUGUUACAGAAAUUUCUAAAAGGCAUUGGAUGUAUUCUGCCGCUUUGAAUAAAGUAUACAUUGAUAUGAAUCGAGUAUUACCUAUUCAGUUUCAAUGGCGUUUUGAUGAUAUUGGAUUAUUAGGAAUAAAAAACCUUCAAAUACGUGCUUUACCAAUUUUUGCAAAUUCUGAAUUUCAACAAUUGUGCAUCAAACGUUGUCCUAUACAUAUUAUGCAGGAUAAAUUGUGUGAUAGAAAAAAAAUGGAACAUAUACUUUGGUGUGAACAAAUAGAUGCAGUAUAUGAACAAAAUCCCAUAAGCCAAAGGCACAGUGUUGUUGCCAUUGUUCAUAAUUUUGUACCUUGUUCUGAUUUUAAGACUUACAAUGUGUUAUAUAAAUUUAUGUGUAAAUCUAGUUGUAGUAUGAGUCUAAGUCGAAGACCCAUUUAUGUAAUUUUUACUUUAGAAACUUUAAGUGGACAAGUAUUAGGUAGAAAAAAAAUUGGUGUAAAAGUUUGUAGUUGUCCAAGGAGAGACAUGUUAAAAGAAGAAGAAAUAGAAAGAAAAAGAUUAAUUGGAGUAAAGGCUUUUAACAAACGUACAUUAAUUGAGGAUUGUGAAAUUCCAGAAAAAGUACAAAAAACUAAUAAAGAUAACUCCGAAGAUAAAAUUUAUGAACUACCAUCAUUACCAAUUCUAGGAAAACAGUUAUAUUUAAGCACUUUAGAAUUAUUACAUGGUCAUUUUUUGGGUAGUGCUGUCCGAGAAGAUCGCUUAAUAGACACGCAUCCUUUGAUUAGCAUGCUUUCUGAUCUAAUAUCUCAAGUGAAAUCUGAAAAAAAUAGUCAUAACAAAAAAAUUGAUUCGGAAAACCCAAUAUCUCAGACAAAUUAAAAAAACAAUGAUGUGAUAAUUGAUAAAUAAUGAUAACAUUGUAAAAGUAAUUUAAUUAAGUUAAGAUACAUUAACUACUUCUAGAAUAUAAAAAAAAUAUAUAUGUUUCUCUUCUAUAAUUUCUAUGUUUUUGGAUUGUGAUUGUUUUCUAUGUAGCCUUCAUAUUUUACAACAGCAGAAAUAAUCUAAAAUUAAAAGCAUAUAAAUUAAUAUGUGGAUAUAGCUAUAACUAUAAAAUUAUAUGCACAAACAUUUAACUAAAUUUACUCUAAUUAUGUUAUAUGAACAACUUUUGGAAGAAUUCUAUAAAUAUUCAGUAUUGAUCUAUAAAUUAUUAUUACCUUUAAAAGAAAACUAAUUGAUUUUAUUUACUUACUGUUAGAUGAGAAAAACUUAUGUUAUUAAAAUUAAUAAAUGUUAAUUUGAUAUCACCUCAAUAUUGUUGUACACUUGUAUCUACUUCAUUUAUCAUUAUUAAAGUAUUUAUACAAUUA